UGUCUCCGUCACUCAGAGGACUUUACAUGGACCCUGACCUUAAAGCAAGUCUGCAUCCUGAAUGUAAUGAUUCACGAUACGGGGACGAGUCCCCACAACGUGGGUAAUUCACAUCCACACACACACAGGAGCACACACGCAGUAACACACCCUCUCACACGGAGCUCCGCCUCCCUGCGCUGCAGUCUGCAGGUUUCUCUUCAGUGUUUCAGAAGCUGUUGCAGCCGACAGGAGCCUGAACUGAUACGGAUCACACCAGGUUCUGCUCCUCAGCCCGGGUUCUUCUGAGGGUCUCCUGUGGGUUCCUGAACAGAGAACAUGACGAGGAGAGAUAUCCAGAGCUGCUGAUCAGGAUGUCACUUAACUGGUCCGCCGUGAGGUCAUCAUUGGCUCCACCCACCAGCACGGUAGCCCCGCCUCCUUCCAACAGCUCUCAGUUUCCCCCUCUCACAGACUGGGAGGUUCCCAGUUUCACCCGGGCUGCUCAGUUCCGUGUUGGAGCCACCUUUGUCCUCUUCCUGUUCGCUGCUUGCAGUAACCUUGCCCUGUUGGCCAGCGUGUGGCGUGGCCGGCGGCUGGCUUCUCACUUGCGGCCGCUGAUGUUGAGCCUGGCAUUGGCCGACCUGAUGAUGACGUUCGUGGUGAUGCCUCUGGACGCAGUGUGGAACGUGACGGUGCAGUGGUACGGAGGAGACGCGCUCUGUAAGCUGCUCUGCUUCCUGAAGCUGUUCGCCAUGCACGCCUCUGCCUUCAUUCUUGUUGUCAUCAGCCUUGACCGCCAGCACGCCAUCCUGCACCCACUGGACGCCCUGACCGCGCACCGCAGGAACCGACGUAUGCUGCUGCUGGCCUGGAGCCUCAGCCUGCUGCUCGCAUCACCACAGCUGUUUAUCUUCCGGGCAAUCAGGGUGGAGGGCGUCGACUUCACUCAGUGCGCGACUCACGGCAGCUUCAGCCGCCGCUGGCAGGAAACCUCCUACAACAUGUUCCACUUCACCACACUUUACGUCGUCCCCCUGCUGGUGAUGAGCUGCUGCUACAGCCGCAUCCUGCUGCACAUCCACCUACAGCACCUGAGAAACAAAGCAGGUGAGUCGUACCUGCGUCGCAGUGGCACCGACAUUAUCCCGAAGGCUCGGAUGAAGACUCUGAAGAUGACAGUGGUCAUCGUGCUGUCCUUCGUGGUGUGCUGGACUCCGUACUACCUGCUAGGGAUCUGGUACUGGUUCCAGCCAGACAUGCUGCACGUCACACCUGAGUACGUCCAUCACGCCCUCUUCGUGUUCGGGAACCUGAACACCUGCUGCGACCCUGUCAUCUACGGCUUCUACACGCCGUCCUUCAGGGCCGACCUCGCCGCCUGCUGCCGCAGGACGAGGAGCAACGCCUCGCCGCGAUCGCUGGACCGCCUAUCUGCCAGAGAGGGUCCUCACAGCGGCGAGCACGAGUCGGACCCCGCCAACAACAAACAGGCUGCAGGAGACCAACACUGACCAAUCAGAGGACAGGAGUUUGAUGUUGUCACAUUCUGUACCUGUGAACGAGUGUGAAAACCUGAGCUGGACCGGCAGGUGGAUCAGGAUCACUUCCUGCAGCUCCAACAGGACAGAAAUAUCUGGUUCGUCUGUUCAGAGCAAAUGUUUUCAUGUUGAACCGAUUUAGUAAAAUUCUGUUUUAGAUGUGAAAAGUUUUCUGUUUCUUCACUGAAGAUGAGUCGAGUCUCGCAGGAAGAAAUCUGCAGAGCUUUUAUUGAUCCAAUGAUUCUGUUCUCUGGUUCUGUUCCCAGGUUUCCUUUGAGGUGAUGUUUUGGUUUGUUCUGAAGGUUCCCACAGAUUCAGAGAAGCUUUGAUGCCACGUUAAUAAUCACAGUUUAAUUUCAUCACAUUAUGAAUGUAUCCAGCACAAACAGGAAGUUCUUCAUGUCAGUUAUUGAUCCUUUAAUAAAAUCUGAGUCUGCUAAUGUUUCUGAUAA